ACCUGCCAGGCACUGGAGCCAAAAUGAAGACUUCAGCUCCUGGCUGCGCCUGUGGCCUCGUGCCGGUUCUGCUCUCGCUGCUAGCUGUCCUUCAUAUCACCACCACCCAAAAGAAUGACAUUGACAUCUACAGCCUCACCGUGGACUCCAAGGUCUCAUCCAGAUUUGCCCACACGGUCGUCACCAGCAGGGUGGUCAAUAGGGCCGAUGUUACACAGGAGGCCACCUUCCAGGUGGAGCUGCCCAAGAGAGCCUUCAUCACCAACUUCUCCAUGAUCAUCGAUGGUGUGACCUACCCAGGGAACAUCAAGGAGAAGGCUUCAGCCCAGGAGGAGUACAGUGCGGCCGUGGCCAGGGGAGAGAGUGCAGGCCUUGUCAAGGCCACCGGAAGGAAGAUGGAGCAGUUCCAGGUGUCGGUCAAUGUGGCUCCCUCUGCCAAAGUCACCUUCGAGCUGGUGUAUGAAGAGCUGCUCAAACGGCACCUGGGAGCGUAUGAACUGCUGCUGAAAGUCCAGCCCCAGCAGCUGGUCAAGCACCUGCAGAUGGACAUUCACAUCUUUGAGCCUCAGGGCAUCAGCCUUCUGGAGACAGAGAGCACCUUCAUGACCAACGAACUGGCACACGCCCUCACCAUCUCACAGAACGAGACCAAGGCUCACAUCAGAUUCAAGCCCACACUCUCCCAGCAAAAGUCACCAGGGGGGGAGGACACAGUUGUGAAUGGCAACUUCAUCAUCCACUACGAUGUGAACCGGACCCUCUCCGGGGGCUCCAUUCAGAUUGAGAAUGGCUACUUUGUGCACUACUUUGCCCCCGAGGGCCUACCUACAAUACCCAAGAAUGUGAUCUUUGUCAUUGACAAGAGCGGCUCCAUGUCCGGCAAGAAGAUCCAGCAGACCCGGGAAGCUUUAAUCAAGAUCCUGGAUGACCUCAGCCCCAGAGACCAGUUCAACCUUAUCAGCUUCAGCAGAGAAGCAACCCAGUGGAAGCCAUCGCUGGUGCCAGCCUCAGCCGAGAACGUGAACCAGGCCAGGAGCUACGUGUCCCACCUCCAGGCGCAAGGCGGGACAAACAUCAACGGUGCCAUGAUGACGGCCGUGCAGCUGCUGACUAACGCCAACCGGCAGGAGCUGCUCCCGGCGGGGAGCGUCUCUCUCAUCAUCCUGCUCACUGAUGGCGACCCCACUGUGGGAGAGACCAACCCUGCAAAGAUCCAGAAGAAUGUGCAGGAAGCCAUAGCUGACCAGUACAGCCUCUUCUGCCUGGGCUUCGGCUUCGAUGUCAGCUAUGCCUUCCUGGAGAAGCUGGCACUGGACAACGGCGGCCUGGCUCGGCGCAUCUAUGAGGACUCGGACUCUGCCCUGCAACUCGAGGUGCCCAAGUGUCCCCGUCGAUGCAUGGGGGCUGCCCCAGUUCCAAGCAGGUUUUGUGUGGGAGCACUUGGAAGCCCCAGGCCCUCAAGGCUCCUGUCCCGACCAGACCCCUCUUUCCAGCACAUGCAAAACAUCACCUUCCAAAUGGAGUCCAGUGUGGCGGAGAAGGAGGGAGAGUUCCAGAGCCCCAAGUACAUCUUCCACAGCUUCAUGGAGAGACUCUGGGCGUAUCUGACCAUCCAGCAACUGCUGGAGAAAAUGAUUUCGGCAUCUGAUGCUGAGAAGCAGGCCCUUGAGACCCGAGCUCUGAACUUGUCACUGCAGUACAGUUUUGUCACGCCCCUCACGUCCAUGGUGGUCACCAAACCUGAAGGCAAAGAACAGUCUGAAGUUGCUGAGAAGCCCGUGGAAACAGAAAACAAACACAGGCACUUCCAGUUUGGUCCUCCUUUGGCCAGAUUUCAUACCACGGGAGACAGAAGAUUCAGACUAACAGGGAGCAGCUAUCCAGACUCCGUCCGUCUCGAAGGAAACACCUACAGAGGACCAGCUGGAUCAUACUGGAAGAUAACUGGUAACCCAGGGAGAAUCGGACCACAAGGACCUCUUGAUUCUCCUUCUUCCCGUCUAACCUACCAUGGGUUUAGGGAGUCGCUGCUACCAGACAUGUUGUUAGCCCCCUCCAUUCCUGAUGAAGUGUUUCAUAGUACGGGUUUAAGAACCAAGGCCAGAGCCACUGACACACCUACUACUGUAACGCAGAGGCAUCGGAAGAGGAAACCCUCAGGGAGCUCUAUGGACUCAUCACAACCAGCCAAGACAGACUCACCCCCCGCCCCCAUCCAGGCACCUCCUGUCAUCCUGACACUGCCCGGACAGAGUGUGAACCGCCUCUGUGUGGACAUCAAGCACUCUCAGGGGCCAAUGACCCUGCUCUCAGACCCUGACCAAGGGAUUGAGGUGAGAGGCCAGUAUGAGACGGAGAAGGCCCAGUUCUCGUGGAUCGAGGUGACCUUCAAGAACCCACAGCUGCAGGUCCGCGCCUCCCCUGAGCACGUGGUAGUGACUCGAAACCGAAGAAACUCUGCCUAUAAGUGGAAGGGGACACUGUUCUCAGUGAUACCCGGCCUCAGCAUGACCAUGGACAAGGCAGGACUCCUGCUGCUCAGCAGCCCAGACAAAGUGACCAUCGGCCUGCUCCCCUGGGACGGCCCUGGGAAGGGACUGCGUCUCCUUCUGCAGGACACGGACCGCUUCUCUAGCCACGUUGGUGGGACCCUUGGCCAGUUCUACCAGGACGUGCUCUGGGGGCCCCCAGCAGCGGCAGAUGAUAGCAGGCGAACACUGAGCGUUCAGGGCCAUGACUACUCUGCCACCAGAUUGCUCAAGCUGGAUUACCAAGAGGGGCUCCCAGGAACAGAGAUUUCCUGCUGGUCCGUGGAGCUGUAGUUAUGUGGGAGGGGUCAUGCUCACCCCCCAGGCCACCCCUCUGUGUGCAGAGAGCUGCCACCCUGUGACCAGAAGACCGCCUGUGGGGCCUGGACUGUGAUGGGGAGGGAUAUUCCUACUCAUUCCAAAUAAAGGUGCUGUGAGCCCAGGAAAUGGA